CACGAUAGAAGAGUGCAUUAUUUUGAUAUCUAUAAAGCUACAGAACUACCAAUUAAGAUUUAUUUGACCUGUGUUGGGUAAUUAAAAUGCAAACAAGGAAAAUAAUAAUUAAUGCUAGGAAAGAGGAGAAAUCCCCAAGAUGUAUGGCGCUUGGAAUUACAACACGAACCUCCUAUGAUCCGACUCCGGGCCAACCUCCACCUCCUAGCCGCAGAUCCACUAGAGGGGAAGGCUUUAACGACAAUGGGUUUAACCUAACUAGUCAUACGUAUGAAGAGUUCGACUUCCCACGGGUGUUCACCCAAACCCAGCCACGGAAAAUACCGGACAAUGCAUUAGAGGCAGAGCGGAAGGGCCGAGGGAAGUCCCCGAGGGAUCCAUUGAAUCUUGGCCCACUUCGGAAAGAGCAAAGGAGGGUAGCUGCUCUUAUGCGACAGAGAGACAUUGAUCUACCUGUACAUUGGAACUAUCGAAAUCGGAUUUCAAAACGGACUGCCCCUGUUUAUCUUUGUAAACAGUUUGAUCCAGAGGGAAAGUUUCGGAACCCUGCUCUUGAUUUCCUCCAAGAGGGUCUGGACUAUGUUAAAGCUCGAAGGGAAUUGGACGCUAUAGAAAAAAUCGAGGCCGAGAAAUUAAAGGAAGAAGAAAACAGUAGACUAUUGAGAUAUUCUCUGGAUUCUGAUGUUAGACAUAUACGUGCCCCCAAAGACUAUCAAUCUGAAGUGCAAUUGGUAACGCGAUCGCUAGGAGGUGGACAGUCCAAUUGGUUACCUAACAUUCGAGACAAUGACAAGGUUACUUCGGGAAAGCAAGAUUCCAGUCAAAAUAAAUCCAAAAGUAAGUCUUCUAUUCCCAAAGGCUACAAAAAGAACCCAAAAAGAAGAAAAACUCGGAGAAGUGACACCGAAUUGUCACCACCACCUUUAGUUGAUUCCCACGCUUACGACAGUUAUAGAUCAACAAAGUUUGACCAAGGAGAUGUUCCGAGUGAAUCAGAUGAACUUCCAAUUGAGCCCAUUGACCCGAGUGCGUACAUCGAUGAAGAAACAAACAGUGAAACAUCGUAUAAGACUCUAAGCACGUUCCCUCCAUUGCUAGACACCAAACCAACAGGAGGUGGCAUAAAAACUGGUGGUGGACAACAAAUCCGUUAUCAUUAUGGUAUUCCAGUUAAAGGGGUUACAAAUGAGGAAAUUACGGGUAUGAGGGAUGAAGAUAGUUUCGUUUUGGGGAAGAAACAACAAAGAAUACGUGAUAGUAGAGAGACACAACGUUCUAAUUCAAGUUUGAUAUCUCCAACAAACGUGAAGAUUGCUCCCAAAAUUGACAUCAAACAUUGUGAUUGUGAAAAACCCCGGCCAAAAACCAGAUCAGGAUCAACAAAGUGUGGAGAGUGUCUGGGAAGUGGACAACAUGAAAUGUGGUGCUCUAGUAAGGACGUUCACAGACAGAAAACAGUUUGUGGGGAUUGUGGGCUUGCUUUGGCAUCGACUUCCAUGACAAGUGCCAGGUCAUCAGGGUCCAGUUCACGACCAUUAACGGUAAUCUCCACGGUGGAAUCUCACGAACAUGGAUCUGAGGGGCAAUUGAGAAAAUCUUCAAGUCGUAAAAAGCUGAAGUCAAGAAGUAGGAAACUGACUAAAAGUGAACGGAAACCUGAAACACCAAUCAAAAUAGAAAUGGCAAUUCCUGCUUUGCCUGAAGUGACUAUCAAAGAAUCUACUCCGAGAUUGAAAUACGAGCCUAAGAAGAAACCAAGGACUAACUUAGCUAUAAUGUCAUUUGGUGACAUCGACGAUGAACCGGAGCCUGUCGUCGUCCCGCAAAUCACUAGCCGUGUACAGGAAAAAACCGAAGAGCAAAUUGAGUUAGAAAACAAAAUGUUUCAGAUUCAAUUAUUGAAUGAACAAGACGAAAAAGCAAAGAGAUUGUGUCUUAUGAAAGAUCUCAACCCCCACAGUAGCUAUGGCGAGGCGUACAACCGUGCCUUAGCAGACGCUAGGGCAAAGCGUCUGCCAUUAGAGCCUUGGAUGUUGGGCCAGAGGACAACAAAUGCUUAUGUUUAUUCUUACUUCAGCCACUUACCUAACAAAUGCCUCUGUGGAAAAUGCAGUACAUGCGAUAAGCCAGCGACCAUAGUGCCAAAACGCGCAAAGAAAUCCAAGAAAGAAAGCGAAAUGAAAUCCAUAUUUGGAAAUCUGAAUGUCAAUGACUAUUAUCCAGGGGGAAAUAAAAAUCCACUUAAAUUAAAUAAUUUCAUGAAUAAAAAUGAUAGAAUGAAAUUCAAAUAAUAACCUAAAUAAAAAAUGUUUAGCGAAUAGAUCAUUUAAAGAACCAUACUGGCAUACCAUGCAUACUGAGUAUAAAAGUAUUGCUCUUUAUUGGGAACGACCUCUAUAUUUAUAUAGAAUUGUUAUUUUUAACAUAAAUUUUUAACAUAAACUAAACCAAUAUGUAUGUAAUGCUGAAAUGGGCACAUUGUGCUUUUUGGUU